AUGGAGAUCAGAAGGACCCCAAAAGAUGAGCACCGAGCUCUCAAAGGACCCUCACGGACCACUGAAGGAACCGAGGGCAUGCACACGCGAGUGGGAGGAGUAAUUGGGUUAACAAGCAUUUACUUUUUACAGAAAUCGCAUGAUGGAAGUAAUUCAGUCAGACCUUUCCAGAGCAUCAUUUCAUCCUGUGCACCCAGUGUCCCAUAUAGGACAACCAAAAGUGUGGACUCAAGUGAUGAGAGCUUUUCUGAAUCGGAUGAUGAUAGUUGUCUGUGGAAAAGAAAACGUCAGAAAUGUUCCAACCUUCCUCCUGCUAAAUCUGAGCCUUUUCAGUUCACCCAGAACCAGCAAAAGCAAACUCUCCCAGGCGGCAAGAAGGUCAACAAUAUCUGGGGAGUGGUGCUUCAGGAGCAGAGUCAGGAUGCCGUGGCUACUGAACUUGGGAUUCUAGGAAUGGAUGGUAGUAUUGACAGAAGCAGGCAGUCUGAGACUUACAAUUAUUUAUUGGCUAAAAAGCUAAUGAGAGAAGCUCAGCAAAAGGAGGCAGAGACUUUAGAUAAAGAGUUGGAUGAAUACAUGCAUGAUGACAAGAAAGCACUGCCAACAGAAGAAGAAAAUGGACAUGGUUUUCUCAAGCGAAAGCGGCCUGUAAAAGAUAGACUGGGGGAAAGACAAGAAAUGAAUUAUAAAGGAAGGUAUGAGAUAACAGAAGAAGAUUCUGAGGAAAAAGUGGCAGAUGAAAUUGCUUAUCGGCUUUGUGAACCAAAGAAAGAUCUGAUUGCCCGAGUAGUGAAAAUAAUUGGAAAAAGGAAGGCUAUUGAACUGCUUAUGGAAACUGCUGAAGUGGAACAAAAUGGUGGACUGUUCAUAGUGAAUGGUACUAGAAGAAGAACACCAGGGGGAGUGUAUUUAAAUCUGCUGAAGAACACACCUAGCGUCAAAGAACAACAAAUCAAGGUAAAAUUAUCAGUAUAAAUG